ACGACUGUCGUCUGCUCCCGAUUUCCUCAGUCUUUCGUGUUUUGUAAUUCGGGUUCGGCAACCCUCCCGUUUUGAAAAUCGAAUCUGCUCUACUAAAAAGUCAAAACAACAAUGUUUCGAAUUAAACCGGUCCUUCUUCGGCCGGUAGUCAACAACUUUGUAACUCGCAAUUCUUUACAAAGGUCCUCAUUUGUUGUACAAACAUGUCGUGCAGCCAGUACUAGCUCUCUUGGAGAUAAUUUCACCUUUUUGAACCAAAUGUAUUCAGAUCUUUCUCAGUCAAGCUGGGUCAUGAAUACCCAGCAUCUACUCGAAACUGUUCAUGAUUACACUCAUCUGCCAUGGUGGGCAACCAUUGUUGUUACCACAGUUUCUCUUAGGCUAGCCAUCACCUUGCCUUUAGCUGCCUAUCAACACAGCAUCUAUGCCAGGCUGGAAAAUCUCAAACCCGAAAUGGAGGGCAUUCUAAAGGAAUUAAAAAAAGAAACAGACCGAGCAGUAGUCAUGUACAAGUGGGAUGCCAAAACUGCAAAGCUAGCUUUCCAUAAAUCUGCCCAAAAACAGUGGAAUUUGCUGGUACAGAGAGACAACUGUCAUGCCUUUAAAGCUACAGUCCUUCUUUGGGGUCAAAUUCCUCUCUGGGUCUGUAUGUCAGUAGCGCUGAGAAAUAUGGCCAUGAUGCUUCCCGUGCAAACAGUUGAGGCCCAGUUAAUAUACUUGUCUCUGAGUUCGGGUGGAUUUGGUUGGAUACCCAAUCUGACUGACGUGGACCAUUCACUCAUCUUGCCAGUCUCCAUGGCACUAGCCAAUUUAGCCAUUAUCCAGCUACAAGUUAUGAACAAAGUGGGAACUACGUCUCGUCUGGCAAAUGCCAUCAUGAAUGUGUUGAGGGUCCUCUGCGUAGUCAUGAUUCCCAUUGCUGCCUAUGCACCUGCCGAUGUCGCGCUCUACUGGACAGUUUCAUCGUUUUACGGCUUGACCCAAAAUUUAGUCCUACUCUCGCCGAAGUUCCGGAGAUUGUUCCGGAUACCUGUGACACCACUUGAAAGACCUCAUCCUUACCAGCAUAUAUUAAACCAAAUAAAAGCUUAUCGAAUAUUUAAGUGAGAUGAAAAUAUAAUUAUCACCUGUGUGUGUUCUCUCUUUUUGAUAAUUAGUUUAUGUUGACAGUAAGAUACAAUUUAAGAAAUUCA